GGGGCUUGCAUAUCAAUACCAGGUCCAACACUAAAAGUUUUAACGGACAACAUCAAUGGGACCCUCUCAAAGACGACAUUAAUUUUCACAGGUCGAUCAUUUGGCUACAUUGUGGGGUCAAUAAUUGGAGGAGUUCUUUUUGACUGUUUCAAUCAGUUACUCUUGUUAGCUCUAUCCAUGUUCUGCUCUGCCAUUCCUUCAUUCCUGAUUCCCAGUUGCACACAUCUUGCUCCUCUUGCCUUCCUCAUCUCCCUUCAGGGAGUCUCAAUGGGAUUUCUGGAUGCAGGUGGCAAUGUUGUAUGCAUAAAUGUCUGGGGUACAAAAAGUGCAAGUGCCAUACAGUCUAUCCAUUUCACAUUCGGUUUCGGGGCCUUCAUAGCCCCCCUGAUAGCAAAACCAUUCCUAUCAUCUGCUACAACCUCCACUAAUUCAUCAUUAUCAUCAUUGACAUCUCCAUCUUUAUUAUCAUCAACAUCUACACUAUCACCAUCAAUAUCAAUGCUUAAAAAAUCCCCGCCAGAUUUAAACAUCUCAACUCACAACAACAAUAAAAUAUUAUUUUCGAAAUUUGAAGAAUUUGCAUGCUGGUGCUCAAUUAAAUGCCCAUAUUGGACAAUAUCAUUUUAUCUUACUCUGGUUGGCAUAUUCAUUUUCUCCCUCUAUUUAUAUCCAUACAUUUCAUCGAAAUCACAAUCCUUACAAAGUACCCACCACGCAGAAGAUGAUGCAACCGUCUACAAACCUGUCUCGAUGAAAAUCGAACUGACAUUACUCUUCAUGUUGUCGACAUUUUUCUUCUGCUACGUAGGGAUGGAGGUGUCGUACGGCGGUCUAGUAGCCUCCUACUCAACAAGAACUCUCAAAUUCUCACAACAAAACGCAGCUCUCGUCACAUCCCUAUUCUGGUCGACGUUCUCACUAGGAAGAUUGCUAUCGAUAUUCAUAGCCAAUUACAUCAAACCGUCGGUUAUGAUAGUCGGGAAUCUAAUCCUAACUCUCAUACCGUUAGUCUUACUUACUGUUUCUCACUAUUUGUUACUACAAAACGCCACUGAAAUACUAUACGCUGGGUCGGCUUGCCUGGGUUUAGGGAUGUCUUCAAUUUUUCCGGCCGGUGUAUCCUGGGUGGGAAAUUACAUCAAGCUAACCGGAAAGUACGCCUCUAUUUUUGUCGUCGGGUCUGCCAUUGGGGAGAUGGUUUUACCGAUUCUUGGGGCCCACCUCAUGCUCGUUAAUGAUAUCUAUUUGAUAUACAUGCUCUUGGCAAUUAGUAUAUUUUCACUAAUUCUCUUCAUAAUCAUGGCGAAGAUCGCGCAAGUCAUCUCGAGGCUAGACGGUCGCCGGUACGUGGGUGUUAAACUAGGUGAGGAGGUCGUCUCCCUUACUAACCUCACCAACAACGAUGAAGAUGGUGAUGAGGAAAAUGACGAAGACAGUGAUUUGUUUGACGUAGUUAAGGAUGAUAAGAGGUUACUCAUUCAUCAGGGUAAUAAUGGCAACAAGCAUGUCAAAUUUGACUUGAAUAUGACGACGUCUGGCUUCUCUACUAAUCCUCAUCACAACGCAAAGUCUAUUUUAAAGGCCAAAGACAUCAUGAAAAACGAUUAA